UUCUUUUAAACAAGAAUUCGGACCCAUCAUCAUCACAACUCGACCGUGUGGACUCGUUGAUCCUCUUCUUUACUCUCUCCCUAAAUUGCUUCAAACCCUAACCCUAGCUUAUUCAAUUUGCAGGUAGAACAAUGCCAAAGGUGAAAACAAACCGUGUUAAAUACCCAGAGGGAUGGGAACUAAUUGAGCCUACUCUUCGUGAUUUGCAAGGAAAGAUGAGAGAAGCUGAGAAUGAUCCCCAUGAUGGUAAGAGAAAAUGCGAGGCAUUAUGGCCUAUUUUCAAAUUAGCACAUCAGAAGAGUCGGUACAUUUUUGACCUUUACCACCGGAGGAAGGAAAUAUCCAAGGAAUUGUACGAGUUCUGUUUGGAUCAAGGAUAUGCUGACCGCAAUCUAAUUGCAAAAUGGAAAAAGCCGGGUUAUGAACGUCUCUGCUGCUUAAGAUGCAUCCAACCAAGGGAUCACAAUUUUGCCACCACGUGUGUGUGCCGAGUGCCGAAGCACCUGAGAGAGGAGAAGGUUAUAGAGUGUGUACAUUGCGGUUGCAGGGGCUGUGCAAGUGGGGAUUAAUUCUUCUCUUUCUCACAGAUCUUGGUGCCUUGUAAUCUUUCAACUGUGUAAACCAUCUAUUGGUUUCAAUUAUCCUGAACUGGGCCUUUGCUGUGACAAAUUAUUGUUAUAAUUAAGUAUGGUUUGGAAAUCUGACGCAAAAUUUCAAGUU